AUGGCAGCCACAACUGUCACUAGUACAAUCCCUAAUCCCCCAGUUCUUAACCAGCAUAACUAUGAAGAUUGGAGUUUCCAGGUUAAACUCUACUUGUUAGCUGAAGAUCUUUGGGACGUUGUGGAAGCCACCACUGAGCCUCCUAAACUAGAAGACGGUGAAGCUGAGUUUAAGGCUUGGAGGAAGAAAGAUGCCAAGGCUUUAAUUUUAAUCCAGAAUUAUUGCGGGUCUGCUAAUUACCCUUUAGUCUUGGGCACUAAGACCGCCAAAGCUGCCUGGGAUACUUUGGCCGAAAAGCUAAAGCCAGCUCUAGGUACGCAGUCAAAACAAGCAUGCAUGUUUUACACCUAA